AUGAAGGUAGUGAAGAAAUAUGAGUUAAUUCAACCGAAGACGGGAGAAACAAAUCGAUUGUUUGGCACUCGAUAUCUCAAGAGGCACAAAAUGCGUGACAAACGAUGGACGGCGGCGGAUAAAAUGUUGCAAUAUUCGGGAUUGACGCGGCUUUAUGAAAGAGAUCAUGUUUUACGAAAUAUUACGGAAGCUUCUGAACGAAAAUCUCAGGUUAAAAAAGUGAAGGAAAUGCGAAAAGAGUUGAAACAGAAAAAUCUUCUAAUGCGUAUUGCGAUUCAUGGAGAUGCUCAACGCAUUAAAAAUAUUGUGCAGCAUGAUAAAUAUAUGAGGCGGGCGUUUCCGAAGUGGGAUUCUUAUAAAAUUGUGGAACGAAUCAACGAUUAUACCUUCAUGAAACGCAAAAAACUCGACAUACUAAAAGAUCAAAAGCAAAAAUUAACUGAUCAAUACGAAAAACGCCUUUUAGAGGUCGCUGCGUUACAAGAUCGCAUCAAAUAUCAAGACACAAUCGAACCAAAGGAACGUUCACUCACGAGAAAAAUCGAGGCAGAUCUCAAAAACUCUGAAACGCGUGUCAGAACCAUCAUGACAGUAAAUCGAGCUUACAAGAAAAUCAUCGGAAUAAUGUUGCAAGACUCAAUUUACUACGAUUCAGUGUUGGAAGCUUUGAAGGAAGACAUGGCGGAGCAAGAAAUGUUCAUACAAAAGACGAUUUUGCUUGGCAAACCAGCAAUUGCGACUGCGAUUGAGCUGCAAGAGGAACACACGUGGCUGGAACAAAAGACACGGAGAGAGAUGGAAAUGAGAAUUAAAGAUUUACUUGAGCAUCGAGAGAAAAUUGCGGAAAAUAAUAAGAAGGUUCGGACUUUGGUGCGACGGGAUGAAGAUUUUGAGAUUGAUCCUUCGAGAUAUGAUCGAGACACGCCAUCGAUUGUUGAGUUGAAAAAAGAGUUAGAAGAAGUCGAGAAAGGAAUUAAAGCUUUAAAAUUGGCGGCACUUGCUUGUGAACCUCUUGAUAUCUAUCCAAACAUGAAAGAACAAUCAAGAAAAAGCGAAAGAAUUAUCGAUCAAAUAAAUCGCAAAGAAAAAGAGAAAAAUUUCGCAUUAGAUCGGGAGCUUCAUGCUCACGUAAUCGAAGAAAGUCUCAAAUAUGACUUAACUGACGAUGAAAUUGCCAAAUUGGGCGAUAUUGAAUCAAUGAAACUCCAAAUUGCUGAAGAAAAAAAGAAACAAGAAGAGAUCGAAGAAAAAAUCAAAUCUCGUGCCGAUAAUUUUCUCUUAAUCCGCAUGGCUUUCCAGCAUCUCGUGGAAGUUUUAGACACUGUUGGAAAAUCUCACAAUGUCGUGCGUAAAAAAGCUCCUGGAUCGAUGUUGAAUUUGCCUUUGCUCAAAUUUGAUAAGAUCUUUCAAAAGUAUAAGCCGCCUCCACCCGUAGAAGAAAAUAUUGACAAUUUACUAAAAGUAGCAAAAUCCAAAAUCGACACAAUAGUAAAAAUUUAUCAAACGGAACUAAACAAAGAAAAUGCUGAAGACACAAAAAUCCUCGAAGCCAAACUUCGAGACCCAAAAUUAACGGAAAAAGACAAAGAAACCAUAAAAAAAUUACGACAAAAGCAAAAAGACGACCAAAAAACUCCCAAAUGGAAGGAUUAUCAUCACGCAAUUGUCAAAGAACUAAAUUCCGGUUAUCAAGCAAAAGGCGGCGAUAUUGACAGUGUCAAAGGCGAAGUUGGUCUCGUCAUUGAAGAUCCCUCCGUUCUCACGCGCAGCCAAAUUAAAGCCAUGAGUGCCAAAAUUGUCGAUGAAAUGUCCAAACGAGACGAUUAA